AUGCUGAACGCAUUUUCUGCUGGUUUGCUUAUUUUUUCCCUUCAUAAAGUCCGUUCAGAUUUUGAAUGUCAAGUAGACAUUCGAGAACGCUCUGCGAAUGCCUCGCUUUCUGAUUGGUUUAUCGCGCCAUUAGGGGCGGAGCUUGAGCGAGGACUUGACAUUUGAAAUCUGAACAGACUAUACUUUUCGUCGAGAAGUUUAGCUUCAUGACUGACGCGGGAUAAAAAAACCACGUCGCGAUUUUUGUAAAAUCGCAAAAACACUACUCCACUUCACUUUAUGAAAAAAACGAGAAAUACAUAAGUGAAAAUAUUUGUUCUAUAUAUUAAUUCACUUUGAUUGGAAGAAUCCGACGAGCCUGAAAAAUUUCUUCACGUUCGAGUUUUAAUGUGAAGUCUCCAUAAUUCUAUAGAGUUCAUAGGCUUUUUAUCAGUUCGUUUUAUCAUAUUAUAACUCGAAAAGUUCAGACGUAGUAUCUAAUAAGUUAGGUCAAGAUGACGUCACGAAAUAGAAUUUGCGUUUCCACUGGAAGUGUCGCUAUGUCUUUGCAAAAACCAAAGAAUGUUAUUAAGAUAACAUUUUUGUCGAAUAACUUCAGCCAACAGUGAAUAAAAAAAUCUUUUUCACAUCCCAUAACAAAAAGGAGGCUGGAAGGCAACUAAAAAGAUUCGAGAGGAUUCAAAAAGGAUCUGAGGCUAUGAAAAAGGAGCUUAAAAGAUUUUUCACAUCAGUUUAUGAGCUUUUAGAGGAAGCUUUUCCGUUUUACCUAUGCAUAAGGGAAAACAACUAUGAGCUAUGUGAUCGUUUCGUAGUAUAUAUAAUCGAAAUUUUGCAUCAUCUUUUGAAACACGGAGUUAAUCCUUUAAAAAUCUUUUCCAAAAAAAUCAUUUUGCACUAUUUGAAAAGCGAGCGAUCAUUUUGCUCCGGAUCUAGUUGUAGCUGAGCUCCUGUUCCAUUUGUUCCAUGAAAGAUUAUUUCCUAAAAAGUAAUUUGAAAUUUAUAGUUUAAAAAAAUAAAAAGAGAUGAUCAUGAGACAUUUGACUAGCAGAAAAUGCACUUCACCAAGUUCCAAUUAAUGAAAUUCCAAUUUUUCAGAAAGUUGCUGCCAGCGUCCCAUUUACGCGUACGAGAAUGGAGACGCUGUCCCACCCGAAUGCAAGCCAACUGACAGAUGUACCGAAGCAUCUAUUUUCGCGGACCGUGCUCGAAGUGGCGAAGCUGUCCAAAUGUUUUUAAUGUCUCUAAAGAAAAGCAAUACGAUCACCUUAAUUGGGAACACGACAACGUACAACCUUGACAUUCUGGAAGAAGUCAUUCACAAAGGGCUCGGUACGUUUCAUUUAAUACUGGAGAAAGAAAUACUGAAUGUUUUCAAAAAAAUUUCCGUUAAAGGCUAGCGAAAGUAUAUUUUUGUACUUGAUUUGACUAAGGGAAUCUGCGCUCACAUCUCCCUACCGUUUCAUUAGACUCCUUUGGCUGUCCUUUGAAUUCACUUUUUGUUUGUAGGACCGGCCAUCACCCUGCAGAAUGUCGUAUUGAGUAGGGGCUCCUUCAAAAAAUUGAAAACGAUCAAAGUCGAUGACGUCUCGAUUUACUGCGACGGCACUACCGACUUGAUCAAGAUAGAAGGAAGUAUCCCUCAACCUAUACUCGACCGAUUGCAAAAAGUGAAAAAUGAGGUAUUUUUUUUUUUUAGAAUAACGAGGAGACAAAAAAAGUAUAUUUCAGUUUGUUCAAAAUUUCUUUUCCAAAUUAGAAGAAAGUUUCUGCGAAGUACCCAAGUAAUUUAAUCGCUUCAGAAAAAACAUUUUAGCAGUUUUAUGACUCUGAAAGAAAUCACAUCAUAAAGCCGAUGGCUUUUAUUAUUAGCUAUAUCCAUCAAAUAGGCUCAAAUUUACAGUCGCGAGUAGCCUUUUAAUAUAUUUGUAAGAGGAAAGAUUUCUCGAACUAUUAAGAAAAAUGUGGUUCAAAAUUCAAACGCAUAUGAGAUUUGAAAAGAGCAUGAGAGAAGAAAUUGAGGGCUUCUGCAAGAUUUAUUUUGGGCAACCUAGCAGCUUUUUAAGAGCAUGAAUGGUUUCAAAGGAAAACUCCAUUUUAAGCUUUGUUGCAUAUAGAUUCGGAACGAUAUGAAACACUUGAAUAUGACCUCAAAAAAGCUUCAUUUUCAAAAUUUUUUUCUUUUCAAAUACGCUCAGAAAAUAUUUUCAUGAAGAUUUAGGAGCGGAAAGCUCUUGCAAGAUUUACGUUUUUUUGGACAUCAAACUUUUUAAGGACAUGAAUCAAAAUCUAACCUAAAAGUGUUGAAAAAAAUAUUAUUAUUUUUCAGACCCUUGAAGCCUGCAAGUCUUUGACGACUACACAGCCGUCGGUUCUUGUCGCGACCCAAGAGGCAUGCGUCCCGAAUUCGAACCUGCAAAAAGUUGUCGAGAAUGUGGAGAAGGAAUGUUCGAACAAUGGUCAGAUUGAAUGGAAAUUUUUUUUAGGAUCUGUUAACUGUUCAGAAGAACUAACAGCAGGACCUAGAUUUUUUUUUAGGAAAAAUUUAGUUUGAUGUCGAUUUUUUUUUUUGAGUGCGUCAGAAAAGCGAGAGAAACGCGAUAUCGCGCCCCAAGAAAUGCGAGAUCGCGCAUGGAAAAAAUCGACAUGAUAUAGUCUGUUCAGAUUUUGAAUGUCAACCAGCUAACUCCACCCCUGCUGAGACGGUACCUUUUCGCGUCGAUGUUUUUUUUGCGCGGGACUAAUUUUGAUCUUUUUUGAUCUAAAAGAUAGAAAAAAAGUCAAAAAAUGCAGCCUUAUUAAAGGGCCAUUGUCAUCUGUAGAUAAAACAUUGACGCGAAAGAUAUUGUAGCCUUGGGGGUGGAGUUAGCUGCUUGACAUUCAAAAUCUGAACAGACUAUAUCAAGUUCGUUAAUGUACCGCCAGCGAUAUCGCACUUCUCCCGCGCCGGACUCGGCACUUGUCAUAAAUAUUACACUCCUCGAGAACAGGUCAAUCAAAAAAAAAGGAGCCGAAACCGCUCAAAUUUUUCCUUGUACCAAUAAUCUUCAAGUUUCCAACAUGAAGUUGAUCUUUUAGACCUCGCGCUGUACAUUGCUUCCCUCUCCUCUGGGAUCCUCCUGAUUCUGUGGAUCGCGACAAUUGUUUUCAGUGUACAAAUGUAUCGUAAACUCCGUUCGAAUCAGAAACGCAUUUUUUCGACCGGUGAUUUCACUAGCUUAAAAAUCCUAAAAUUUUCUCGAAAAUAUGUAAUGAAACAUUUGACAUUUAUUCAGUCCUCAGAGUAAUCUUGUAUCUGCUGAAUCAUGGAAUAUUUGAAGAGAUAUUUUGAGAAUUUUAGAGUAACUGGGAAAAUUCUUAGUGACCACUACAGAGGCUCGCCAAGGACUACUUGAAGAGAACACUAAAGUGGUCCCUAAACCCACCUCUAUAGUGGCCACUAUUUUCUCUUUUAGUGGCCACUUCAAUAGUUUUUCAUCUAGUAUUCCUUCCAGUAACUCUGAUAAUUAAAAAAAACGGGUUGGACCAAUUAUGCUGAUCCGUUGACCCCUAAAGUGACCACUAAAAUUUUUUGUGGUCUAUUAGUAGCACGUAGACCUGUAUAGUGGCCACUUAAAAUUUUCCCAGAGAAGAUUCUUCCGAACUUAUCCGGCAGAAAUAACGAAUUUCUAGUAUUUUCCUCUCAUAUGCCUUUUUGAACCUUUUUAAAACCCAUCAAAACUUUUAUUAGUCCACUACGAUCAUAUUGAAUCUUUCUAGAAGCGCCUCCCGGUAUCCAAACUGCAGAAGAAUCAGCGCCAGAAGCUCAAAAGGACCGUAAAAUUGCCGGUGUAGACCUUUCCAUCAGGUUUUUUUUUGGCAAUAUUUAGUUUUUGCCAUCAAAUGAUGAAGUUUUGAAAGGGACAAAAUUAUAUUCUUCCUUAAUUUUAUAACUUUGCACCUCUCAAUUCUCUCCAAUCGUUUCUUAUUUUCAUUCGUUUUCAGUGUGAGCAAGAACAUAGGCAAAGUCGGAAGGACCCUCCGAGGGUCCAUGAAGGACCAUAGAAAUGUUCCUUUUAGGGUGAUGAAGGCUCUCUUUUUGCUGCCUUUUUGCUCCAUUUUCUCAGCCCUUAUGCACCAUUUUUGCUGCCUCUCCCUUUCUCCACCAUUUCUCGAGCCUUUAAAAUCCCAGAAAAAUGGAAGGCUCGUUAAAGGGAGUCUCUUUGCUGCCUUUCGCUGCCUUUUUGCUGCCUUUCUGCGGCCUUUUUUGAGCCUCUCCCUUUUAGCAGCCAUUAUCCACCAUUCCGACUUCGCCCGAGAAUGAGCAAUGAGCAUGAAGUUGACAAGCGUACGCAUUUUAACAGUUUUCAAGACAUUUAUCGACAUUUCUCUCCUUUUUAUCAUCACUAUUUUUCAUCCGUGCGAGAAGCUCAAAAUUUCCAUAAAUGUAUUGAAACUUUUGAAACUUUUAUUCAGUCUUCAGAGUAGGUUCUCUGCUGAAUCAUGGAAAAAUUGAAGAGUUGUUUGUCGGUUCGCGAUAAUGUCGUUGAUCAAGCGUAGACGGCGCGUAGAGCAUCUCGCCUCUCUUGUGUAG